GCCCCUAAGUCGUAUUUGUAGGCAAAAAUAAUACAGUAUUAAGUAUUAUACAGUAUUAAUAAAAAUAACUACAUACGGUACUGUACUGUACCUUGGGCCAGCGGACUGCUGUAGCCAUGCAAGGUCACCGAGUUAUCACUAACCAUUUUAUUUAAGUAAGAUUAUGAAUGCAAUCUGUUUUAUCGCAUCCCAAUCGUAAGUAGAGGUUGCCCGUAAGUUGGGUGUUCUUACUGCCUAUACACUCCAUUGAAAAAGUCACGUUAAACAACUUCAUUACCCAACACGGUUUCCCUGUGAUGUCUGCUGGGACAAACAUUCCCGUUGGCAGGACCCCUUACGUGAUAUAGACUGCCAUAUUCUGAGAGGGCGGGACUUAGCAAACUAGCGGUGCCACCCCUCCCUGCAAGCUUCACUGCAGGCGCAGUGCUGGGGGGUGGAGGGGUACUGGGGUUGAUGCUUGCCUGGUGUGCCGCAUGGACCCCGACCACUGCCGGUAGGUAUUAUUUCUCUCUGGGAGUUUAAUCAUUCACAGUCAAUAAUUAAGUCUGAGAUGUUGGAUAUAGGAGUCGGGAGCCUAUUCUGUAGAGUCUGUCCGUCGCCUGGGUUGCACUGUGAUUCCUCAGGCUUUGCUGGGGCUUGUAGUUCAUGCUGUACAGCCGAUUUUUUAAAGUUCAACCAAAGGAUGACUCUGACUGUGCCAUGUAGCCAUGAUAGAAAAAUGCAGUAAAACAGCAAAACUUAAUAUUUUUUAUGGUGAAACUUAAACAUGCAUGAGUGUAGGAGACUCAUUCCAAAUGCUUGAGACUCCCAUGAAAUACGCGAGACUACCACAAAAUGUGCAAGACUAUUACGAAAUGCACAAGACUAUAACAAAAUGCGCAAGACUACCACAAAAUGCGUGAGACUCCCACAAAAUGUGUGAGACUCUCACAAAAUGCGUGAGACUCCCACAAAAUGCGUGAGACUCCCACAAAAUGCGUUGGACUACCACAAAUUGAGUAACUCCCACAAAAUGCGUGUGACUCCCAUGAAAUGCACGACACUUGGGAUGUCUGCGUUGCUGUCAUCCAGCAGAUUGAAAUGCUCCCUGUGAAAGAACGACUUCAUUAGCUGUAGGCAGGUGUGCUCAUCACACAGUAGGUGGCGCUGUAGGAGGGUCUUGCAAUUUCAAAGAUGAUCUUUCAGUAUCGAAAUAUUUAUGCAUUUUUAUAUGUGUAUCUUUUUAAUAUAUUACAUCGUAAGCAAUGUAAAAUCUGUAUAUUAAAUUAAAUGGCUGAUGCUACAGUUGUGUAUUUGAGUUACAGUUCUGCUAUAUAUGUAUUCACGUAUAUAUCGUAAUAUAGUUGCACGAUGUAAUGUGUCCAAAUCUAUGUAGGACCAUAUAGUUCACGAUUUCAGUUAAAAUCUGACAAGAAUACAGUAAAGAAUUUUAUUAUUUUUUGCGCCAGAUUCCAAAUACGAAGUCAUCCCCGAGAUUUUCAAUGUUUAAACAAUGUUCAGCAGUAUGUCAAGCGUUUAAAUGGCGUUUCAGGUCAUAAUCAAUUGAUUUUUUUAAGCGGGACAAUAUCUCUUUAAACUACAGCCAGCGGUCUCAUGAGGGAGCUAAGUUGUUCUCUGUGUGCACGUUUCCUUUGUUUUAGUAUUGUUUGGAGUGAGAUUUAUUAUCAUGAUUUGUCGCGUUCAUUUCACGAAAAGCGAUUGAUCUUUGGGGGCAGCUCAAAUGCAAUGAUCCCCGGGCAGAGACAACACUGAUCUGCGGAGAAAGCAAGCCCGCUUCUCCAGGGAGGGAACAGACGGGAAGGAAAGGAGGGAGGGGUACGGGGUCCCGGUCACCAGUGAAAGUUUGACGCUACACCCCCAAAGAAAGACACUCUGUCUAAGGAACAUUUGAUCUGCUGGAAACUGAUGGAGUCUAGAUGCUGGUUACUAAAUCUGUCAUUCUUUUCAAAAGAAAAAAGAAAAUUUCUAUUCAAGGAAGUGAAGAAAUCUGAUCUUGGAACAUUUUUUAACCCGGAUAAUGGAGAUUGCAUUUUUUGUUCAAAUGAGUUAUGUCGCUGGGUCGCAGGUGUAGACCCGCAGUGUGGAAGGACCUGUUGCCGGGGUCUGCUGCCUGUCUGUGAGGAGAGGGGGUCCGAUCGGCCCCGGACAUAAGGGCAGCUUGGGAAGCUCAGAAACACGGCAAUGGACGCUGAGAAGCGCCUUCUGCGCGACUUAGACAUCCUGAAAAGACAAACGGGGAAAGUCACUGGGUCGGAAAAUGUUUUUAAUUUUCUUUUUUACUUGAAUGAUUGUUUUCCCAUAGCUGUAUCUUUUCCCCAGGGGAUAAGCGUUUGAUUCGCUGACUUGUCGAAUACAAUGCCAAUGCUAAGAAUUAAGACGGUCUGUUUAGUGCUUCUUGUAGCAUCGAGGUUUUUCCAGCGGAGCGCCGCCGAGACUCUGAGAUGCGCCGUGACCCUGACCGAGGCCAGUGCGGGCGGCGCGGCGCUCCGGCUGCGAUGGAGCAGCCCUGGACAGGGCUGCGCAUUUGCGGUGGUUUCCCUGGACAGCGGCUCCGAAAUAACGGACUGCGUCCGGGACGGAGGCCAAGGCGCCGCGUACGAGUGUGCGAUUACGGAGUUGGAGCCGGGGACCCUGUACCGCCUGAGGAUCGCGUCCCGGACUGACGGGGAGCGGCGGGACGUGUCCCUGCAGACAGACCCGCGGGAGCCGAGCCGGUUGGACGUCACGCCAGAGCAGAGUUGUAGCACAGCUCUUCAAGUGUCCUGGCCGCGGUCACGAGGACAGGUGGACUGGUAUGAGGUCACCCUGCAGGAUGCCGAAACGGGUACCAGUAAGAGCACCCGUGUGUCCAGCACGGCGGCCCCCCGCUUGGGGUUCACCGGCCUCACCCCCGGAACCCGCUAUAGUGUCCACCUCAGGGCUAUUGCCGGGAACAAGACCUCCCCUGUGGUGAGGGCUACCGCGACCACAGCCCCCUCGCCCGUCACUGGCCUGAAGUUCUCUGGGUCCCCCGAAAGCCUGGGCAUUUCCUGGCAGCCAGGCCCAGGGAGGAUACAGACUUUCCAGCUGCUGGUGACCCACCAUGGCAGCUUGGUCGGGAAUGUGAGCCUGGAGAGAAGCGUCACAUCCCACACCGUGAGCGGCCUGGUCCCGGGACGGCUGUACAAUGUCAGUGUGGUGACGGAGUCCGGAGGGCGGCAGAGCAGCGUCUCCAGAGAGGCCCGGACGGCUCCGGCCGCAGUAAGCGACUUGAGGCUGUUGAACAAUGGCAGCCGGGACAGCUUGGUGGCGGUGUGGAGCCUGGCUUCCGGCGAUGUCGACUUCUACCUGGUGUCCCUGACUGCGCUGGGCUCACGCCGCCAGCACAGCGUGCUGCCCCCUGGUGCCUCCAGUGCCCUCUUCAGCGGCUUGACCCCAGGCCGCGCCUACCAAGUAUCGGUCAGCACCAGGAGUGGGGAGCUGUCCACCGAGAGCCAGGCUGCGGGCAGGACAGUUCCAGGUACCGUGACUCAGCUGGCAAUGGUGGGUCUCAGCCAGCAGGGAGCGCUAAAGAUAACAUGGGCUCCCCCCAGUGGAGACUGGGAGGGAUACAGUAUCCAGCUGCUGGGCAAGUCUCUGACCUUGGUGAAUGUGACGGUGGACCGGGACGCAGUGGAGCACAGCUUCUCUGGCCUGGAGCUGGUCCCUGGGCGCCUCUACAGGGCCACAGUGACUGUGCGGAGCGGGAUGCUGGGGAGCUCUGCCGCCUGCCAGUGGAGAUUAGCUCCAGGACCCGUGCGUCAGCUGCAUAUCCGACACACUGACGAGACCUCGCUGAGCGCCCUCUGGCUCCACCCGCUGGCGGACUGGGACAGCUACACGGUGGUGCUGAUACAAGCAGGCAUUGCCAUUGCUGAGCGACAACUGAUGCGCGACAUGCGGGAGUGCACCUUCAACGUGCUCACAUCCGGCCGCCCGUACACCAUCCAGGUGACCACCAUCAGCGGCAACCUCAGCAGCUCCGCCUCUGUGGUGGGGAGGACACUCCCUGCAGAUGUGACGCAGCUGUAUGUCAGGGGCCAGGGGCGGACAGACAGCCUGCAGACGAGCUGGGCCGCGGCGGAGGGGGACGUCGACUCUUACCGCGUGCUGCUCAUCCACGACAGUGUGGUCAUCAAGAACGAGAGCGUGCCUGCCAAUACCACUGCCUGCCAGUUCCACUCCCUCACGCCUGGCGCCCUCUACAGCGUGGUGGUGACCACAGUCAGUGGCGGCCUGCCCUCCAAACAGGCGGUCGCCGAGGGCCGGACAGUGCCUGCCGCCGUCAGAGAGGUGACGAUCAGCAGCAAUGGACGUCCUGACUUCCUCAGCGUGUCAUGGCGACCGGCUCAGGGUGACAUUGACAGCUACCUGGUCACUCUGCGGGACCGUGAGAAGACCGUCCACACGCUGGCCAUGUCCCGCUCUAGUACCGAGUGUGUCUUCAGCUCUCUGGUGUCCGGGCGCCUCUACAAUAUUUCUAUCACGUCCCGCAGUGGCACCUACGAGAACCACACCGCGGUGCAGGAACGCACACAACCUUCCAACGUGCAGAACCCCACAGCCAUUCACUCGGCCCGGGACGGCUACUUGAAGGUGUACUGGCGGCACGCGGCGGGAGACUUUGACUUCUACCAGGUGGCCAUCAAGCACAACAACGUCAUCCUGCAGAACCAGACGGUGCCCAAGCACCAGAAGGAGUGCGUUUUCCACUCACUGGUGCCGGGUCGCCUCUACACAGUGGUCAUCAGCACCUGGAGUGGGAAGUACGAGUCGAGUGUGUCCACGGACGGCCGGACAUUCCCCGGGGCGGUGCACGACCUGGCCCUCUCCAGUGGGGGCACAGAAGACCUGCAGGUCACCUGGGGUGCCGCCCCCGGAGACGUGGAUCACUACGAGGUACAGCUGCUCUACAACGACUUGAAGGUGUUCCCCCCUAUCACACUGAGCAGCUCUGCGGGGGAGUACCAGCUGUCCUCGCUCACCCCCGGGCGCCUGUACAAGAUCGUGGUGUCCACCUUCAGCGGCCCAAACCAGAGGGCCCAAUUCAUCGAGGGCAGGACAGUGCCCAGCAAGGUGAAGAACAUACACAUCAACCACAAUGGGCAGAGCAGUGGCCUGAAGGUCAGCUGGACGCCUGGCCAGGGGGACGUGGACGGCUACUCUGUGUCGCUAUUUGAGGGCGACCAGCUGCUGAAGAUGCGGCCUGUGCCCGAGAACAUCUAUGAGCUGAGCUUCCUGGACCUGACGCCAGGCCAGAAGUAUUCGAUCACCAUCCAGUCCAUCAGCGGUGUGCUGGUUAACAAUGACACUGCUAGCGGGCGGACCGUACCUGCCAUGGUGACCAGCCUGCAAGUAGAAAACAGGCACAGUAUCUGCAGCCUGGUGUCCAGCUGGAGUCCAGCCUGGGGAGUGGCUGACAGCUACAACCUGCAGCUCCUGGACGAGAGGGGUGUCCUGGUGGCCAAUGCCUCUCAGGCUGCCAGUGCCACGGAGCACCACUUUGAGCGGCUCACCCCAGGGAAGACGUACCACGUGCGGGUGCAGACGCUGAGCGGGGGAGUGCUCAGUGUGGCCGCUGAGGCUGAAGGACGGACACGUCCCGCCGCAGUCAGCGAGCUGACCGUCAAGGCCAACGGCACGAGCAGCCUGGCCUUCAGCUGGCUCCCCCCUGAGGGCGAGUUUGAUGGGUAUGAGAUCUACCUGUACAACCAGGACAAGACACUUCGUGACCAGAAGGAUGGCAAGGGAGAUGCCCGCGGCUGCUCCUUCAAUGGGCUCUUCCCAGGUACCCUGUACAAGGUGGUGGUCCUCACACGCAGUGGACAGCAGACCAACGACUCCUCCCUGUGGGCCAGGACAGUCCCUGCCCCAGUGACAGGCCUGCAGGUCCAGAACCGGAAUCAAACCAGCAGCUUGUGGUUCAGUUGGGAGCAAGCAGCUGGGGAGCUCAGGGGUUACUCAGUGCAUCUCUACAACCCCAAUGGCUCCUGGCAUGCAGAGCAGAGCCUAGGGCCUGAUGCCGGCGAGCAGCUCUUCCAUGGCCUGGUCGCGGGACGGCUCUAUUCAGCCGUGGUGGUCACCCUCAGCGGGGAUCUUAGCAACAGCGCCACCACGAGAGGGAGGACCGCCCCAGAGAGCCCAACCUCGGUAACCUUCGGGGGGGUCACCAACACCUCCGUGGAGAUCACCUGGGGUGCCCCCGUAGCUACGGACUAUGAUGAUUUUGAUGUGCAGUGGACACCCCAAGAUGCCCUGUCCAUGUUCAACCCCUACCGCACCACCCGUGUCCUGAAGGGGCUGUACCCUGGCCGUCUCUACACCUUCACCAUCCGCACAAUCGCCGGGGGUGGGGCCAGGGGCGGAGUCACUGCUUACAGCCAACCCAUCCAUGGCAGCAUUAGAACAAAGCCUGACAGCAUCCAGCACAUCCACUGCCGGCCGCAGAGCUCCACGUCCAUCCUAUGCUCCUGGAGCCCCCCAGAGUCGGACUAUGACUCCUACACGGUGGAGUGCAUGCAGCAAGACUCACGCAGGCUGGUGUACUCACGCCGCACGGGCCGUGGCGACACACACUACCGCAUCAUGCAGCUGGAGCCCCACAAGCGCUACACGGUCUCCAUCAAGGUCAUCUCCGAUAGCAUGACCAGUGAGGCGGCUGAGGACGGGGUGGUCACCAUGAUCGACCGGCCGCCCCUCCCACCUCUCAGCACUCGGGUCAGUGAGCAGGCGGUCCAGAUUACAAAGUCAAGUAUCUUCUUCAAGUUCAACUGCAGCUGGUUCAGUGAUGUCAAUGGGGCCGUCAAGUUCUUCACCAUCGUGGUGGCAGAGUCUUCCGAUCGUGAAGAUGGUCAGCCACAACAGCAACACCCCCUGGCCUCCUACGAGGACUACAGGUCCAACAGCUCGAUCCAGGUGUACCAGACCAGCUACUUCCCAAGCCAAUGCACCGAGAGCCCGGACAACGUCUCCCCGGGUUUCGAGGUCCACCUGGGAACUGGCAUGGACACCCUUGGCGGGAGGUGCAAGAAGGACCAGGACCAGAACGCCUUCUGUGAUGGACCACUGAAGCCCAAAACUGCCUACAGGCUCAGUGUACGUGCCUUCACCCAGCUGUUUGACGAGGAUCAGAGAGAGUUUCUCCAGCCACUUUACACAGACACAUACCUUUCCCUCCCACUGGUGACAGAAGGGGAGCCCCUCAGCGGAGUCAUCGAGGGGAUUGGCGCCGGGCUCUUCCUCAUUGCCAUGGUGAUCGGGGUCUCCAUUCUACUCAUCUGCAGGCGGAACAUUCAGAAAGUGGGCCACCAGCAGGGGGCAGCACUGAGAAUGAGCAUCCGGCGGCAGAGGACCACUUCUGGGAUGCAUGUGGGCAUCAGGGGCAAUCAUCAGAUAUCAAGCCCCAUUAAAAUCGAGUCCUUUGAGUCACACUUCGUCAAACUUCAGGCUGACUCGAACUACCUGCUCUCAGAGGAGUUUGAGGACUUGAAAGAAGUUGGCCGGAACCAGCUAGUCGACACCGCGCUUCUGCCAGAGAACAGAGGCAAGAACCGCUAUAACAACAUAUUACCCUAUGACUCGACGAGAGUAAAGCUGUCCUGUGUCGAUGACGACCCCUCCUCUGAUUACAUCAAUGCCAGCUACAUCCCAGGUAACAACUUCCGGCGGGAGUACAUCGCCACUCAGGGGCCACUGCCUGGAACCAAGGACGACUUCUGGAAGAUGGUGUGGGAACAGAACGUGCACAAUGUCGUCAUGGUGACACAGUGCAUAGAGAAGGGCAGGGUGAAGUGUGAUCACUACUGGCCCUUUGAUCAGGACCCUCUGUACUACGGAGACCUCGUGGUCCAGAUGCAGUCUGAAUCGGUUCUGUCAGAAUGGACCAUCCGGGAAUUCCAGAUCUUCAGCGAGGACCAGCCUGACUACUCCCGAGGAGUAAGGCACUUCCACUUCACUGUCUGGCCUGACCAUGGCGUCCCCGAGACCACACAGUCACUCAUCCAGUUUGCCAGGACCGUCCGUGAUUACAUCAGCAGGACGCCAGGCUCCGGUGCUACAGUGGUGCACUGCAGUGCCGGGGUGGGUCGCACUGGCACCUUCAUCGCCCUGGACCGGGUCUUGCAGCAGCUGGACUCCAAGGACACUGUAGAUAUCUAUGGCUGCGUCUUCGACUUGAGGCUGCAUCGCUCCCACAUGGUGCAGACCGAGUGCCAGUACGUGUACCUCCACCAGUGCGUGCGGGACGUGCUGAGGGCCCGGCUGCUGCAGCGUGAGCAAGAGAUACAGCACCCCGUCUAUGAGAACGUAAACCCCUGACCCGCCGCGCAGUGGUACAGCCUGCCCGCCGGUGGAGCGUUGAUGCUGAAGACCAUGCACAGUGGAUGCCUGUUCACUAAGGAACCAGCGGCAGAAAAGAUUUUUCACAUGUAAAGCAGCAGAAUGUGAGACUUUACAGUUAUACAGUCUGUGUGAAACUCUCCCAGUCCUCUGUGAGGAGACAGAAGCUACUUCAUUGUAGCACUGUUGUAAAUACUGUUAUCAUAUUUAAAAAUACAUGGUGUUUUAUGCA